CCAGGAAUCACCACGAGAGGGAGAGGUAUGGCUCCGAAAUGGGCGGCAGCGCCGCCGGCGCUCGGCGAGGAUCCGGAGACGCAAUGCCUGGACUUCCGCGCCCCCUUGGACGACGCCUGGUAUGCGGUGCGGCUUCGCGUGGAGCAGGGGGCCCUCCGCGUCAUGUACUGCAAUUUCUCGGACGACUAUGACGAGCUCUACCGGGCGGAUGGGUUUCGGACGGCGGAGGAGCUGGAGGAGUUUCGAGGACGGUUUCGGCCGACGACUAUCCAGCUUCAGGACGACGAGUGCCGGAAGGUGAUCGAGGGCAUGGAGGUUUGCGCCUCCUACGCCUUCGGGGAUAACGACAUCCGGUUCUACGACGCCGUAAUUGACGCGGCAUCCUUUUCCAAACACAAAUUCUGUGAAGGAGAAUCUAUAUGCACCUGCACUUUUAGUGUUUUUUGGCAACAUGGUCCUAUGGCAGGGGAGAGAUCAAUAACUGGUGUAGAAAAUAUAUGCCUUCUUCAGUCUAAAAAUGUAGAAGACCAAACAUUAAACCAUUUUCUGGAUAUUGCAAGGAGGAAACUGAAAGAAACAAGCAUGCAAGUGGACCCAGCAAUUAGCCCUUUCCGAGCAACACCUAGGCCUCUGCGACCUGCACCAAGCCAUGAAACUGAAUCAGUUGGAUUUGGAUAUGAGUUUUCUAAUAUAACAGUUGUUGCACGCCCUGGUGGGAUGCAUAGGUCAACAGUUGACCGCCGUUCAGAGAAGCCACAAAAAUCUUUUCUCCACUGCAAGGAAAUAAGGAUUCCUGAUUCAAGUAAUGUUUUGGAGCAGACAUCUAGAGGGAAGAGUUGCAUAAAAAGUAAUUCCAAACUAGAUGAAGAUUUAUCGCAAAUUAAUAUUUUCCAUGAAGAAAGCUAUCACCAUUUCCAUAUUGAGAAUUUGGACAAAGAUUUGUCAUCGGUCACCAUCAUGGAUUUCAUACAUGAACAAACUUCCAUAUAUUGUCAAGCAGCUGUCUUUCCUUGUUAUUGGUCAACAUCAUAUCAUACGGGAACCAUCUUUGUGAAGUCCAAGGAACAUGCUGAUAAGUUACUCAAAUUUUUAUGUGAUCCUUCACACAUCAUCGUGUCUUCAAGUGGGAGGCCUUGGGUGACAAGUGAAAAAUGGUGUGGAGUAAAUAAAGGUGUGAUGCCAAAACUUGAGGGGCAGCUGAAAUUAAAGGAAAAGCAGUCAAGAGAACUAAAGUUAGUUCACCGCAGAACUAAGGAAUAUGACAAGGCCAAAAAAUUGCAAAGUUUGCAUCUGGACUUCCAUGACCAUGUGCAAAAUUUACAUCGAAGACUGACAUGGGAGGAGAGGAAGAUCAUGAUGCAUGGUGAUUGUAAAUGAGGAUCGAGUUGAAUCCUGAAUUCUAACCAGCACAUGGGUUAACUUGGAUGCAACAUCUGCUGAUUGUGGGAGCUGAACCUACUUAGUGUUCUAUUAGUGGCGAAGAUGCUGCCUUCCUUCUAAAAGUCUACCUUUUUUUAGCUAACGUAUUUUGUGCACUGGAUACUCAUUGUGGACUCUGGACAUUUUAAUCUUCUCUAAUCUCUGCUGGCUGUUGUAUUUCUAUCCUUGUUACUGUUUUGCAGGGCAAUUUUUUGGGUUUUUUCUUUUCUUUUUUUUUUUUUUGCGUGCGCUAUCGCUCUUGUAUUCUAGCUAAUUGCAGAGGAGGUGGUAGGUAAUGCAAAAUGCUAGUGGAUGAUUUAAGGAUGAAGCUUUUAAAGUUAGGCUGAUAUGAAAUUAUAUA